GUGAUAUUUCAGUUAUUUUAAAUUUCAGCAGUUAUCUGUUGCUAGAUUCUUGUUUAACUUAGCAUCUAGGCCAGUUAUCCCCAACCAGUGGUUCGUAAGUAACAUGUUGCUCAUCAAUCCCUUGGAUGUUGCUCCCAGUGGCCUCAAAAUGCCUGAGUUUCAGAAGAAAUCCGUCCACAUUAAGGACCCUGAGAGAGUAGAAGAAAUAAUAUGUGGACUCGUAAAAGGGGGUGCAUCCAAGCUUCAGGUAAUCACCGAUUUUGAUAUGACCCUCAGCAAGUUUUCUCACAAUGGAAAAAGAUGUCCUACAUGCCACAAUAUUAUUGACAACUGCAAACUCAUCACAGACGAAUGUCGAAAAAAGUUAUUUCAGCUGAAAGAAAAAUACUAUGCUAUUGAAAUUGACCCAGACCUCUCCAUCAAAGAGAAAUAUCCAUACAUGGUUGAAUGGUAUACGAAGUCUCACACCUUACUGAUUGAUCAACGUUUGCAAAAAAACAAACUAGCAGAAGCUGUAAGGGAUUCUGAUGUCAAGCUCAAGGAAGGCUAUGAAAUGUUCUUUGACUUGCUCCAUAAGCACAGUAUUCCAGUAUUCAUCUUUUCAGCUGGACUUGGAGAUAUAUUGGAAGAAGUUAUACAUCAGGCAGGAGUCUACCAACCAAACGUUAAAGUGAUUUCCAACUUUAUGGAAUUUGAUGAGAAUGGUAUUAUAACAGGAUUCAAAGGAGAACUUAUACAUGUGUACAAUAAACAUGAUGGUGCCUUAAGGAAUACGGAGUACUUCGCCCAUCUAAAGGACAAUAGUAACAUUAUUCUGCUUGGGGACUCCUUAGGAGAUUUAACUAUGGCUGAUGGAGUGCCAAAUGUGGAAAAUAUCCUUAAAAUAGGAUUUCUUAAUGACAAAGUAGAAGAACUGAUAGAAAAAUACAUGGACUCCUAUGAUAUAGUUCUUGUCAAAGAUGAUACAUUGGAUGUAGCCAACUCGGUCAUACAGAAGAUUCUAUAAGCUGACCUGAGGCAGGACCUUAUUUUUCAGAAAAAAAGAGAAAGAAUUUUAAAUUAUUUUCUUGUUAAGGUUUUACAUGUAUAUUUAAAGUUCUCAGUAUCACUGCAGUAACAACCAAAAUUACCUUAUUUAUCUUAUACAGUGUCAACAUUUUCUCUAAUACAAUAGUUUUAUUGCCUUCACAAGCAUCGUUCCUGGAAAAUGAAACAUUAGGAGUGAAUAUAUUUAUUUUCAUAUGCACUUUUUAAGUAUUGCAUUUUGACUGUUUGUAAAUGUUUUCUAAAGGCCAAAUAGUGUGCAUGAUUCCAAGUGCUGUUUUUUAUGUAUGUGAAACUUCUGCAAUACAUUUAUAAUUCAGUAAAAUUAUUAUUGUUUGUUGAAUUUA